GCUGUCAAAUUUAUUUACGUUAGAAUUUUUGAUUUGUUUCUAUAUUUGCAUUUCUUACCGAUUAUAAUAAGAGUAGAAUAUUAAAUUUUUACAAAAAUCCAAAAAACUUGCUUCAUCCAAAUUGCUCUGUCAUUCAAAAUUUUAAGUUCGUUAUGUCUUUCAAGAAAGAUCUUUCCAAAGUGGAGUAUCGAAUAAAGCUGUUGUCGGGCAAUAAUGUUGUUCUCAUCGAGGCAAAUGGUUUCGAAUCAGAAAUCUUUGUUCCAGAAAUACAAGGAGGACGCAUAAGUUUCCAAAACAUUAUUCCGAAUAGAAGAUGUUGCAACAUGCUGAAUGCGUCAAAGAUUUUGCUUCCCAAGAAACGUCGACCCACUCAAAGUCCAGAGCAACUAUCAAGACCAGCAGAACAUCAUGGGAACAGCAUUUCACCCUCAAGAACUUGGCGUCUGCAAGCCGGCGAUGGAAAUAAUAGUGCACGAUCUCCUCCACUAGCAUUCAGUACGCCAGCACCUGCGCCAUCUCCGACUACAUCUUUUAUGCUAAGGCAACAGUCGAAAUGCGCGGACAAAGAAAACUUCAUGCCGCGUCAACGAUCAUUGGCACAAGCAUACCAAACAUUUGAAAUGCUUCGUACAAACAGAUCUUCGUCCAUACAAUUAGACAGAAAAUCCCCACUCCCAAAAACUGUGAGCAUACAAUGCAAAGAUUCGGAAAUUGAUAAGCGAAUAAAUGCAGCUAUUGGUGAUUCUGGAUUCAAUAUUCCAGAUGUGCCCAAUUUAACGCCAAGCAGAGCAUCGCCAAAAUUUGAAUCUCCGAAUGUAACGAAAAAUAAAACACCUAUUCCAUACCUAGGUACGGUUACAAAGUGGCGUAAAUGCUUGACACCAGUACGCACUUACUCUCGCCAUGGCAUUAACGUGCCGCGUCGACCUUCCAGUUCCAGUGUAAAGAAGGCGCGCUACUCAAAACGAGUAGCUUCUACGACACAAGGAACUAAAGGUUCAUACCAGAUAGAAGUAAGGAGGCGGAAGCUUAUCCUUGAUGACAAAACUGCUAUAUCGCCACAUACAUUCAAACAACAGCAACAACCCAGGCUACAUCUACGUUCGAAAAGCCCAGCUCGAGGGCGGUCGGGAGCAGCCUUACCAAAAAGUCGCAAGCAAUACGACUUUAAUGUGAAAACAGCUUUCGAUCAGCUCAUAUUACCUAGUAGAUCGCGCAACAUGUCAACGAAGUUAAUAAAACAAUUUAAAAAAGCUUGCGUGAACAAGGCCUCGUCAACAUGUCCUAAGUAUAAAAUUUUAUGCAAAGUACCGCCGUUAGAGCAUCCGAAGCAAGUGCGGGAUCGGCAACGUCAGGACAAUUCUAAAGUGAAUAAGAGUAACGAUUUACGCGCUUGCAAUAUUACUACAGCCUCUAUGAUGGAGAAAGCGCUUUCGAAAUCUAUAAAAACGUUUGAACACCUCAAGCAUUUACCACGUGUAUGAUGAUUUAUUCAGCGAUGACAUCGCGUGCCUGUAGUGGAAAUAUGUCUAUUAGUAGGAAUAAUUUUUAGACAAGCGUUUUAAGUCUAAUUAGAAAAUUUUUUUGUCAGGAAUUCUCAUUUUAUUUUAAUAUUGCACUCAAAUUCUAUCGAGAUAAAUGCCUUUGUUUGGUGAAACUAUUUUGACUACAUAACUGUAAACAUGGUAAACAAGUUUUAGGGAAAUUUAGUCAUUAAAUAUUUUCAUUGCAAACAAUGGCACUCUUACAUCUGCUAUUAUGUUUAUUGUAAUUAUGUGAGCUGUAUGUAAUAAAGUAAUUAUAAAAUUACAGUUUUUUAUAAGUU